UGCGUCAAGGACCGCGCGGCGCUGCGCCGCCGCAGUCGGGCCUCGGUCGCCCUGGUAACGCUCGUGGGGCCGGUUCCUCAGCAUGAACGUCCGGGUCGCGCGGGUUGCGUGGGCCUGGGGCCGGGGCGUGAGCUGCCGCCGCGGCGCCUCGAGCCUCCCGGUGCCUCCCCCGGGCGCGGUGGACGUGGAGAAGCUGCUGCGAGAUGCGACAGCGGCGGAGGAAGGGCCCCGGGAGGCCUCGGUGCGGCGGUUGCCGGGCCAGUGCUCGGUGCUGCUCUUCCCCGGCCAGGGCAGCCAGAUGGUGGGCAUGGGCCGCGGUCUGCUCCGCUACCCGCGCGUCCGCGAGCUCUACGCCGCCGCCCGCCGCGUGCUGGGCUACGACUUGCUGGAGCUGAGCCUGCAUGGGCCUCAGGAGGCCCUGGACCGCACCGUGCACUGCCAGCCCGCCGUCUUCGUGGCUUCGCUGGCCGCCGUCGAGAAAUUGCAUCACCUGCAGCCCGCGGUUAUUGAAAACUGUGUUGCUGCUGCUGGAUUCAGUGUGGGAGAAUUUGCAGCCCUAGUGUUUGCUGGAGCCAUGGAAUUUUGUGAAGGUUUGUAUGCAGUGAAAAUCCGAGCUGAGGCCAUGCAGGAAGCCUCGGAAGCUGUCCCCAGUGGGAUGUUGUCCGUCCUCGGCCAGCCUCAGUCCAAGUUCACCUUUGCCUGUCUGGAAGCCCAGGAGCACUGCAAGACUUUGGGCAUAGAGAACCCCGUGUGCGAGGUGUCCAACUACCUCUUUCCUGACUGCAGGGUGAUCUCAGGACACCUGGAGGCUCUGCAGUUUCUCCAGAAGAAUUCCUCCAAGUAUCACUUCAGACGCACCAAGAUGUUGCCGGUUAGCGGUGGGUUCCAUACCAGCCUCAUGGAGCCAGCUUUGGAGCCCCUGGCACAAGUUUUAAAGGCAAUUGAUGUCAAGAAGCCUCUGGUGUCCGUCCACUCAAACGUUAAUGGGAACAGAUACAUGCAUCCCAAACACAUCCAGAAAUUGCUGGUCCAGCAGGUGGUCUCCCCGGUGAAGUGGGAGCAGACGAUGCAUGCCAUCUAUGAGAGGAAGAAAGGCACCAAGUUCCCCAAAACUUUUGAAGUAGGACCUGGGAAGCAGCUGGGAAGCAUCCUGAAGAGCUGUAACCUGCAGGCCUGGAGGUCCUACAGUCACGUGGAGGUGCAGGAGGCUGACGAGGACCUGGACUAGAACCUGUAGCGGCCUCCAGAGGACCUUGGCGUGGAGGGAGCGUGGCUGAGGAGGCCGAAGGGGCUCCAAUGGGCCGAGCCCAGCCAGGCCACCGCCUCCAGGUGAUUGGGAGGGAUUGUUUGCAGAGUGCUUUGAAUGCCACAUAAAGAGCACUGAAAAUGAG